CACUGAGGAUAGUAUGGGGUAACGUAAUGCUAAACCCUAGAAGACCAUGUUCUCGUACAUUUUGUUGUUGGGAGUUUAAUUUUUUUACAAAUAGAAAUUUAAAAGUUUUAGAAGUACUGAAUUAAAUAUAAUGACGCAGUCGUAGUGCUGGCAGCUGGAUAAAAGGUCGCCCUUUCAACAGAAGGUGCCUUCAGAGAAGCUCAUCUGCUAACAGCAUCCCUCACCAGGCAUUAAAAAAAGUAGAUAAAGUGUAUGUCCUUCCAAAAUGAGCCGGGACACCCCCAUCCACAGCUGGCCUGGCUCCUAUUACAUCAACAGUGAAAAAAGGUGGGAAAGUGGCACCCUGUCUCUCACCAGGACCAUGGUACGCUUUGUCUCAUCUCAGAGUAAGGAGAGUCUAGCCAACUUUCGCCUCUCUAGGAUCAUGGAAAUCAAAAUGGAGUCUUCCAGUUUCAUAUUCAGCACUCUCACUGUGCUGGAGGAGGGCAGCGUAAAGCACUGGUUUGGCUCCCUCAAGCCCAACAGGGUGGUGGUCUAUAAUGUGCUGGAGCAUUUCUGGAGAGAGCGUCUUUUGUCCCCCAGCUCAGAAGCCCAGGGUGCUGAAUGUCAGCCCUCUAAAGGCAGAGAGCUGAUUAAUUUGGUGGCAGGGGCUCAGAGAAGACUGGAGGACACCGGCAGAGUCCUGAGCCACCAAGGAGAGCAGUUUGACGAUAUGAUGCAAGGACUGGAGAAGAUUGACUCAGAUCUGGGAGUGGCUGACAAACUCUUGUCAGAGCUUGAGUCCCCCUCCUGGUGGCCUUUUGGUAAACUCCCUUGGAAAACUCAGCAGGAAGCCAAAGCUGAGGAUGCUGCAAGAGCUGCUGCUAUGGCUGCUGCUGCAGCUUCCAGAGGAUCAAGUAGGAGUAAGCUGAUCACAAGCAUCCCAGCUGUUGUGACUAAAGGAGGGGACUCGGACUUAAAACCUGGAUGCUUGUUGGUGCUAGUGUCCUCACUGGAGGUGCGAGACACAAACUGCCAACUUCUUCACCGCUUUGAACGAAACGAAGUUGAUGAAAUCAGGGUGCACAGCCCUUAUGAGAUCACUGUUAGACAGCGGUUUAUUGGGAAACCAGAUAUAUGCUACAGGUUCCUGUCUGCCAAGAUGCCAGAGGCACUGUCGGUUUUUGAAAUGCAGUACAAAAAGAAGGUGGAGUUCACAAGUCAGUAUGCAACAUUUAAAGCUACUCCGGUUUCAUCUCCAUCUGACACAGAAGGAAAAAACUGGAAUGAAGGUUUGCUGCCAAGGUGUCAAGAGACAGAGCUCCCACUGGAGGUCCCAGCAGGAGAUCUGUCCCAGUUGCAGGUGCAUGUCCUCCAGCCAUCUGUCAGUCAGGCUGAGGCCCAGGAGCUUAAACAGAUGCUGAUGCAGCUGAAGAAUCUCGCCCUGGAGGCAGAGACGGAGCUGGAACGACAGGAUGAAGUUCUGGACGUGCUGACAAGCUCCACUGACCGGGCCACCAUGCACAUAGAGAAGCACACCUGCCGCAUGAAGAGGCUGCUGUAGCUCUGAGGCCGCUACGUCCUUCAUGAGGAAUUCACAGUAAGAUCACUCUCCAUCCUCACGGGAUUGAUGGAUUGGCACAUUUUGAGAACAUCCGAAAAACAUCAAAAGGGGCAGAGAACGCUCUAAUUGAUUCAUAGGAUUAAUUUCAUGUUAUAAUGGCAUGAUCAAAGGGACUGAGUUGCAGGGAUUUCUGGGAAGAGCAUCUACAUUUUCAAACAGUUUGCAUUAAAUUCCUUGACAGUUGGACAGCAUUGAUAAUGACUUGAACAAUCACAUAAAUAGUUCUCACAGUGUCCUCCCUCUUAUCUGUCAUCUUAAAACACAUUUUACAAUUUUCUUACUUUUUGGAUUUCCAUGUGGAAAAAAAAACAAACAAACUUUGGUCCAGAUUCUGUAAUAGAAAGUGUAUGCUCUAAAAUUGUUAGCACCUGAUUAACAUAAGAGGAGACAUAACUACUACAACCCCUGGUUCAUUGUCUGGUAGAGGACGCUUUUGUUUGGCUCAGUUCAAUCUCAGGCAUCAGCAAUCAUUGAUAGACAAUUUAUGCCUCUUGGAGUGCUGCAAUUCAGGUAAGGCAAGCUGUUAGCGUUGAAUGACUUCCAGGCAGGAAUUCCUUUUUCGGUGCAGCAGGAAAGUAAAAAUUGUCAUUUCUUGGUCCAUAGCAUCCCAGAAUAGUGCCUGCUCCUUUAUUGAGUCUCAGUUUAACAGUAGAAUAGACGUUAAAUGCCAGAGAAACAGAUUAUCGCGUAUUUUACUGGCAAAAAAUGGGAAUUAAUUUUGCAGAAACGAAAACAUGAUGAAGCUGAUAUGUAAAAAGUUAACAUGCAAACUAAGACCAGAAAGAGCCUCAAUUUACUGCAAAUAUCAUAGUAUAAUACCUGCAUAUGAAGCAAGUAACAUUUCAUUGCAGCUCCAGAGUCUAUAAAGAGUAUUCAACCCCUUCGAUAUUUUACCCUUUUAUUGAUUUUGUAAAUCAGUCAUGUUCAAUAUAAUUUGGCUUUUUUGACAAAUUUUGUUUUGAAAAAACAUCUCUCUUUACUGUCGAAGUGAAAACAGAUUACUAAGUGAUGUCAAUUAAAUGAAGAUAUGCAAGUAAAAAAAGUGACUGCAUAAAUAUUCACCCUCUUAAAGUCAGUGUUUGGUAGAUGCACCUUUGGCUGCAAUCACAGCACUGAGUCCUAUGUGGAUAGGUCUUGAUCACACAGUUGCACAGGGAUCAGACGUAAACAGUCCUUUUCAAGUCCAGCCACAAAUUCUCUAUUGUAUUGAGGUCUGGGCUUUGACUCAUUCACUCCUCAUUCACCUUGUUGUCUUUAAAGUGUUUCUGUGUAGCUUUCACUGUGUGCUUCUGGUCAUUGCCUUGCUGGAAACUACAUGGUCUCCCAAGCCGUAGUUCUCUUCCAGACUGAAUAAGAUUGUCUUUACAGAUUUUUCUAUUUUUCCAGCAUUCACUUUAUCCUCUGCCUUUACAAACCUUCCAGGCCAGCUGCUGAUUAGCAUCCCCACAGCAUGAUGCUGCCACCACUAUGCUUCACAAAGAGGAUGGUGUGUUUGAGGUGAUGUUUCUAUGUUUGGUGUCUGCCAGACAUAGCAUCUUGUCUGAUGGCCCAAAGGAACCUUAUGGUCUCAUCAGACCGAAGAACUUUUCCUCCACUUCACCAUGGAGUCUCCCACAUGCCUUUUGGCAAACUCUAGUCAGGAUUUAGUGUGAGUUUUCUUUAACAGUGACUUUCUCUUUGCCACUCUCCCUUAAAUCUUUGUCUGGUGAAGAA